CUGGGGUGUAGUCAGCACUGAUCUUUUCCUUUCUGCCAAACACCUUGGAAGGACAAGGUUAGAAUUCUGAAGAGAAAGAUGAGGAAGACCCUUAGGAGAAUUAUUUCCAUGAGAAAAUAAGGGUGAAGCUGGCAUGAAAGACAAUUCCUAAGAGACACAAGAACAAGAGCUGGAAAUUUGUCUCCUAGUAGUCAUGGGGGAUGAAGAAGUGGUCACAGUUCCCAGGAGAUAACAGAAUGGAGGCUACAAUCAAUUGUCACCAAAAAAGAAUCUUGCAAGUCGAUGAUUUAUGAAUAUCGUUUCCCAACUAGCCUUUCAUGUAUGAAACAGAGCCUCCCCAAAGACUUUUCUUUUUCUCUGUUAAGGCCUAACAGAGGUCUAUAGGUGUGCCACCAAACAAUGCAUCCAGCAAAUCAAAAAUGGCAGCUACCAUGGUAGGUUAAUGGCAACCCUUUCUGCUAUGGUUAGCCUGCCUGAAACAUUUCCUCAAUGAUGGCUUGCAAUAAUACUCCCUUGGAGACUUAUGAUUCCCUCUUGCUAAACAUGAGCAGCCUGUCUCCAGCAUCCAGAUCCGUAGUUUUAUCCACCCCCUUCAGGAUUCUGUUGGCUCUAGUCAUGAUGCUGAUGAUUGCCAUUGGGUUCCUUGGCAAUGCCAUUGUCUGCCUCAUCGUGUACCAGAAGCCCGCCAUGCGCUCCGCCAUCAAUCUGCUCCUGGCCACCUUGGCCUUCUCCGAUAUCAUGCUGUCUUUGUGCUGUAUGCCUUUCACGGCCGUCACCAUGAUCACUGUGAACUGGCACUUUGGAGCCUACUUCUGCCGCUUUUCCGCCAUGCUCUAUUGGUUUUUCGUCUUGGAAGGCGUUGCCAUCUUACUAAUCAUCAGCGUGGACCGGUUCCUUAUCAUCGUCCAGCGCCAGGACAAACUGAAUCCCCGCAGGGCCAAGAUGAUGAUCGCAGCCUCCUGGGCGCUCUCCUUUUGCAUUUCCUUCCCCUCCCUGGUGGGCUGGACUUUUGUGGAAGUCCCUACCCGUGCCCCUCAGUGCGUGCUGGGUUACACGGAGUUCCUAGCUGACAGGGCUUAUGCUGUGAUCCUAGUGGUGACGGUUUUCUUUGUGCCGUUUAUCAUUAUGCUUUAUUCCUACCUCUGUAUCCUAAACACUGUGCGCAGGAACGCCAUCAGGGUCCACAACCACACGGAGAGCCUGGGCCUGAGUCGGGAGAGCAAGCUAGGGCUCAUGGGUCUCCCCAGGUCCUACCCCCUGAACGUCGACAUGAGCUUCAAAACAAGAGCCUUCUCCACCAUCUUGAUCCUCUUCAUUGGCUUCUCCUUCUGCUGGCUGCCUCACACCAUAUACAGCCUCAUGUCUGUGUUUAGCCGCAAGUUUUACUAUAGCUCUUCUUUCUACAUCACCAGCACCUACGUUCUGUGGCUCAGUUACCUCAAGUCCGUCUUCAACCCAGUCAUCUACUGCUGGAGAAUCAAGAAAUUCCGGGAAGCUUGCGUGGAGCUUCUCCCCAAAACGUUCAAGAUCCUGCCCAAAGUGCCAGGACGGACCACGAGGAGAAUCCAGCCAAGCACCAUCUACGUGUGUAAUGAGCAUCAGUCAGCAGUUUAGGGAGGACCCGCCGGAAAAGACCCAGCAAUCAGUCCUGGAAAGGAAUUUCUCUCUUGCUCUCCAGAUCUAACAGCGCUAAAGGGUUGGCCGCCUUUUGUGGUCAUUAUGUACUAAGUCUUCAUUAGUUAUUCAGCUAAAUGACCCUCUGCCCCAAAUUGGAGCAGGAUACAAUAGUCAACCACUUUGAUUCAAGAAACCCCAGCUGAAUACAUACUAUCUAGAAGAAACUGCAGGAGACGCCAGAGAGAGAAGGCAGAUCAUUUUGUGUUGUAUGGGAAAGAGUCCUGGAUCUGAAAAAGAGGACUUGGAUUCAAACUCUGAUUUAAGCAGACUGUUAUGAAAGUCUGGACCCCAAUUUCCUCAUCUAGAAAAUGAUAGGGGGCUUGAAGAAGAUGACCUUCAAGAUCCCCUCCCCUUCCAAAUCUACUGUUUGAUUAAUAAAAGAAGCCUUGCUCUUAAGGAGUUUACAAUCUGGUAAAAAGUCUAGGUCGAUGACUCAUUCAUUGCAAUUAACAUGUUCUAGGGCAGCUAGGGAGCACGCUGGAUAGAGCACCAGCCUGGAGUCAGGAGGUUCAAAUCUGGCCUCAGACACCGGGCAAGUCACAACCCUAAUUGCCUAACCCUUACCAUUCUUCCACCUUAGAAUCAAUACUAAGGCAGAAGGGAAGGGUUUAAAGACAAAAAAGUAACAUGGUCUGAUGAAAACUGCCAAACAUUUUUUUAAUAAUGUGUGUGUGUGUGUGUAUGUUUGGAAGGAAGUUGAUUUUUGUAAAGAUAGUUUAGUUUUGUUACCCUAGCCCUCUUCCUAAUCCCCCCUUUUCCAGAGAAACCCAUGGUGCCAUAAUGUAACAAUAUGAAAAUAUUCAAGGAAACCAGUUGGGUCAGUAUGAUGUCAUGGUUUUAAUUUUCUUUUUAAUUGCAAUUUCCCUCCUUUUGUAGCACUUUUAAAAUUUAUACUAAGAACAAAAUUUACCCAAGUCUGACAUGGUAUCCAUUUCCAAGAGUUGCCAUAUUGAAAACCUUUAUGACCAAUACUUAUGUAGUUGAGUAGCAUAGUUAGCCUCUAGCUUUCCACUUCAGUCAGUCAACAAACAUUUAUUUUUUGGGUACCAUGUUAGGUACUGGGGAUACAAAUACAAAGAAUGAAAUAAUCUGUACUCAGUUGCUGAUAUAUAAUGGUCUUUAAAAACAUAGAGUCUAUCCUAGGGAAGCAUGAUGGCACAUGUUUAGCUUCUGACUUGCCUUAUCUGAAUACACAUGUAUAUACCAUGAUGCCUUUCUUUAUACUUGGUCACAAGAAAGGUAUAGAUAACACAGUGACCUCUUAUUAAGAACUUCUUAUUCUCAUGGAGUAAACUCAGUUUACCUUCUAUGUCUUUUGCACUCAUCUCUGUUUCUCCCCUUCCUCCUUCUUCUGAGCUCCCAUUCUUCUCCCCUCUCUUUUUUCUUAUUCUCUUCCUUUUACUCAAAAGAAUCCUUUUAUUCAUUAACUCAUAUAACAAAAAGAAAUCAUAUUUCUUAGUUUUUCAGUGUUUUUUUUCCCCUCUGGCUUUUAGGAGGGGGAAUAGUAGUAGUCAUGUACGAGUUGCUUCCUUUUCCAUUCUCCUUCCUCAGUUUUUGAGGCUGUUGGUGUCUAGGCCAAUGUCUUUCAAGAGCACAAAAUUCACCUUGGGGUAAGAAUUACUGCUUCUAAGGAGAGGAACUUCUUAGACUAGUAUGUUCACUUCUACCCUCUUCCUACCUCCAUCUCUGAGCAUUCCUCUAUUUUCUAGAUUGCCCUUCACCUAGAUAGCCUACUCUUCAGAAGCCCAAGCACAUCUUGGGGCCCUGGCCAAUUAUUUGCUUUUUGCCUAUUGGUCCUUCAUGCUAAUGUAAUAUGUGGCAGGACUGAUCAUUCCAAGUUUUGCCAGGAGGCAUUUGGUUAAGCUUUCCUUUGCUUGGAUUAUAGGGACAUGAGUCCCAUUUAUAGGUUCAGGUUCAGGUUUAGGCUGAACAGCAUAUUUAAGCUAAAAUUUCCUACUUAGCUAUAGCACAUAUGUGCUUGGAGAUCUUGCAGCAGUCAUAUAACUUCUCUACACAUCAGUUUUCUAAUUUGUUAAAUGAACUCGAUGAGCUCUUCAAGUGCUAAAAUUCCACGAUUCAGUGGGUCAAAAUCUCACAUGAUUUCUAAUUUAGAUAGAUCUCAGAAUAAGCAUAGCCCAGAAUUAGCUCUACAAUGAAAAAACGCUAAAGCUGAGUUUACAUUUCAGUUUCUGUCCUAAAAUCUUGCUAAGGAAUAUAGUCUAACCCUUUUUUUUUCCUUCUGUGAAUAAAGAACAUGCAGAGAAGCAUUGAUCCUUGGCCGUUUCCUCAUUCUACAUAUCAUUCUUUCCCAUGAAGUAAUUUUAUUAUGAAAAGUAUUUCAUUUAGUCUCAUCUAUUUAAACAGGAUUCAUCAUGAAAAUGAGUUGAUACCUUUUAUCACCAACUACAUUAACAUCCACAUGCAGAAAGAGAAAAGACAAGUCCUGUUUGCUAUGGAGAAUUGCCCUAUGAAGUAUUCAAAGCAGUUUGACUCUAUCUUGUCCUGAAUGCCAACAUAGCAUUGGGCAGUGUUUUUCCUUGUAGAUGCUUUUUGAUGGGGGCUUAAGGAUUCAGCCUAAUUUUUUGGGAAGUGUCAGAAGACAGAGUAGCUGCAUAUUUCAUAUCUGUCCCCAAGAACUAGACAAUUGUAUCCUUAAAUGAAUGCUCUUGAGGGCACCUCAGUAGCACAGUGCAUAGAGUGCCAGGCUUGGGGAGGACCUGGGUUCAAAUUUGAACUCAGACACUUCAUAGCUGUAUGACCUGGGGAAAGUCACUUAACCCCAUUUGCCUAGCUCUUGCUGCUCUUCUGUCUUAGAACUGAUAUUAAGACAGAAGGUAAGAGUUUGAGAGAGAGAGAGAGAGAGAGAGAGAGAGAGAGAGAGAGAGAGAGAGAGAGAGAGAGAGAGAGAGAGAAGGAGAAAGAGGAGAGAGGGAGAGAGAAGGGAGAGAGAGAAUGUUCCUGGUGAUAACCUCAGAUGAAAUACAGAUAUUUGGGAAAAGUUUAAUUUCCUCAGAUUGGAAAGAAGGUUUAAUUUCCCCAGGUUAUAUCCAACAGUGUUGUGUGGUUUAUGGUUGAAUAUUUUUAAAAGUAAUGUGUAUGUCCCAAAGAAAUCAUCUUGUAUGUGUCCUAAAUAAAGUAUUGUUGUCCUAUGGUCA